GUAACCCUCUUCCGGUCUAGAGAAGCGCAGAGCCGGUGGAAGGUGCAGGCGGUGAUAGAUCAUUUCUCACUAGCGCGUGUCUUUUAAAACUGCCAAAACGUCUUACGCAAUGAGAGGAGAUCGUGGCAGGGGGAGGGGCGGCCGGUUCGGCUCCCGUGGAGGCUUGGUCCAAGGGUACCGGCCGUUUGUUCCUCACAUCCCGUUUGACUUCUAUGUUUGUGAGAUGGCCUUCCCCCGAGUAAAACCCGCCCCUGAUGAGACUGCUUUAAGCGAGUGUCUGCUGAAAAGAAACCAAGAUCUCUCUCCUUCCUCUACUGAACAGGCUUCCAUUUUGUCCUUGGUCACUAAGAUUAACAAUGUCAUUGACAACCUAAUUGUGGCUCCUGGAAACUUUGAAGUGCAAAUUGAGGAAGUAAGGCAAGUGGGCUCCUAUAAAAAAGGCACCAUGACAACAGGACACAACGUAGCAGAUCUUGUGGUUAUCCUGAAGAUCUUGCCCACAUUGGAAGCUGUUGCUGCCCUCGGAAAUAAAGUAGUUGAGACCCUGCGUACACAGGACCCUUCUGAGGUGCUCUCCAUGCUGACCAAUGAGACUGGUUUUGAGAUCAGCUCUGCAGAUGCCACUGUGAAAAUUCUCAUCACCACAGUCCCACCAAACCUGCGCAAGCUGGACUCAGACCUACACUUGGACAUCAAGGUUCUGCAAAGUGCUCUGGCUGCCAUCCGCCACGCUCGCUGGUUUGAGGAGAAUGCCUCCCAUUCAACCGUGAAAGUUUUGAUCCGUUUACUGAAAGAUCUGCAAGUCCGAUUCGCUGGAUUUGAACCGCUCACUCCCUGGAUUCUGGAUUUGCUGGGACAUUCUGCUGUCAUGAACAACCCCUCCAGACAGCCCUUGCCGCUCAACGUUGCCUACAGGCGUUGUCUUCAGAUGCUUGCUGCAGGACUUUUCUUGCCUGGUUCGGUCGGAAUCACAGAUCCAUGUGAAAGUGGAAACUUCCGUGUGCACACUGUCAUGACUUUGGAACAACAGGACAUGGUGUGCUUUACUGCUCAAACACUGGUAAGAGUUCUGUCUCAUGGAGGAUACCGCAAAAUCUUGGGCUUUGAAGGAGAUGCUAGUUAUCUCACCACCGAGAUGUCCACCUGGGACGGAGUGAUUGUUACCCCGUCUGAAAAAGCUUAUGAGAAACCUCCCGAGCGCAAAGAAGAGGAAGAUGAAGCUUUGGAGGAAGCAGGAGAAGGGGAAGAUGAGAGCAUGGAGACCCAGGACUGAUCCUGUUGUCUAAUGCUUUGGCCACUUUGUAUUUAAUUUGUUUUUUUACAGAUCCUUUUGUCAUCUCUUACAGUGAAGUCCCCAUCUACAUUUGAUUUUCCCUCUGGUCGUGCCAUGCUAAAUAAGCUUAUGGUAACUGUCAGCAAAUUAUUAGGACCAAAAAGCCAUCGAUUGUCCCUUUUUUUUCUCUCACUUUGCCUAUUCUUAUACGGUUAUGACUACGAAGGGGUCCGAAAGAGACUUCAAUUUGGUUUCAUGUUUUGUGGUUUGUUGUUUUUAUCAGUGAAUUAAAUUUGUAUUUCCUCUUUUAA